UACACUGGGGAACUUAUGAUAUGAUUUCACUGUAUAUCCUUCAGAUUUAUUUACUGAGCUCAGAACAGACGGAGACAGAAUGGCAUCUGGAUCUUCUCUCCUGGAAGAGGACCUCUCCUGUCCUGUGUGCUCUGAUAUCUUCAGGGAUCCUGUUGUCCUGAGAUGCAGUCACAGCUUCUGUAAGGCCUGUCUGCAGCAGUACUGGAAACACAAGGGAUCUCAGGAGUGCCCAGUUUGCAGAAGAGAUUCUACGGAUAAUCCUCCCUGUAACCUGUCUCUGAGGAAUAUCUGUGAGACGUUCUUAAAGGAGGGAAGUCAGAGAGCUAAAGCAGGAUCUGAAGUGCUCUGCAGUCUGCACAGUGAGAAACUCAAACUCUUCUGUUUGGCGGAUCAAAUACCCAUCUGUGCUAUCUGUCAAACUUCAAGAAAACAUGAAAACCACAAACUGCUACCAGUUCAGGAGGCUGCAGAAAAGUAUAAGGAGAAACUUAGGAAGGCACUGGCUCCACUGCAGGAGAAGCUAAAAGCCUUUAAUGCAGUGAAGCUAAUCUGUGAUCAAACAGCAGAGCACAUCAAGAGCCAGGCCCAGCACACAGAGAGACAGAUAAAGAUGGAGUUUGAGAAACUACAGCAGUUCCUAAAAGAUGAAGAGGUAGCCAGGAUCACUGCACUGAGGAAGGAAGAGGAGCAGAAGAGUCGGAUGAUGAAGGAGAAGAUUGAGAAGAUGGCAGAAGAGAUAUCAUCCCUUUCAGAACAGAUCAGAGCCUUAGAACAGGAGCUGGGAGCUGAAGACAUCUCAUUCCUGCAGAGCUACAAGGACACACAAAACAAAGCCCAGUGCACCCUGGGGGAUCCAUUGACGGUCUCAGGAGCGCUGAUUGAUCUGGCCAAGCACCUGGGCAAUCUGAAGUACAGAGUGUGGGAGAAGAUGCUGGGGACUGUUCAAUACACUCCUGUGACUCUGGACCCAAACACAGCACAUCCCAAACUCUCACUGUUUGAGGAUCUGACCAGUGUAAGAUGGAAUGGUGAGAGACAGCAGGUUCCUGAUAAUACAGAGAGAUUUGAUAAGUGGUGGUGUGUGCUGGGCUCUGAGGGAUUCAGCUCCUGCACUGCCUCCUGCUAA